UGCCGCGCCGGGGUCCGAGGGUCAUUCUCCAGGCGCCCUUGACGGGCCCUCGCGCCGGGCCACCUAACUUGCUAACAGGCGCCGGCGCAAGGGCGGGCCAGCCCUGUCUGGCCAAUAAGCGCCCAGGUUUCUGAGUCGUGUCCAAUCAGAGCGCGGGAAGAAGGGACGGGUUCGGUUGCGCGCACUCGGCGCGAGGGGCGGACACGGGCGCCCGGGACCUCUCGUGCUGCGGCUCGGUACGCCCCCCUCUCGGCUUCCCGCGCGGACGCGGGGGCCCGCAAGCUUCCGCCGCACGCGCAGACGAGGGCGCCGCCAGGACCGAGGAGGCCUCGAGCAGCGGCGCUGUCCUCGGGAAUCCGCUCAGCCCGAGAGGCUUCUGCAGGGAGGCAUGAGGGGCGGCCCCUGGCCUCGGGGCUCGGGGUCAGCCAGCUAAGGGGUCCGCGCGGACGGCCCUGCUCCGCGGCCCUGCCUUCCGCUCCGGGGGCCUAGCGGCGGGCGCGGGAACCCCCCGGGCCGACAUGUUCCCGCGGAGGCCGCCGGCCACCCUGGCCGCCUGGCUGGCGGGCGCGCGGGGCGGGGGCCUGCUGGCCGCGCUGGCCAAUCAGUGCCGCUUCGUGACGGGCCUGCGCGUGCGGCGAGCGCAGCAGAUCGCGCAGCUCUACGGCCGCCUGUAUUCGGAGAGCUCGCGCUGCGCCCUGCUCGGACGCUUCUGGCGCCGGCUGCGCGGCCGCCCCGGCCAUGCCUCUGCCUUGAUGGCGGCGCUCUCCGGUGUCUUCGUCUGGGAGGAGGAGAGGAUCCAGGAGGAGGAGUUAAAAAGGUCCAUUAAUGAGAUGAAACGGUUGGAAGAAAUGUCAAAUAUAUUUCAGCGUUCUGGAGUUGAAAAUCACCCUCCCGAACAAAAGUCCCCAGCAGAAGAGAGUGAAGAGUCGAAGGACAAAGAGGAACCAUGGGAAAUGGUGAUGGACAAGAAACACUUCAAGUUGUGGCGGCGCCCGAUUACAGGCACCCACCUUUACCAGUACCGAGUUUUGGGAACAUACACAGAUGUGACACCCCGGCAGUUCUUCAAUGUUCAGCUGGACACAGAGUACAGGAAAAAGUGGGAUGCCCUUGUGAUCAAGCUAGAGGUGAUUGAGAGAGAUGUCGUCAGUGGUUCUGAGGUUCUGCAUUGGGUAACACAUUUUCCUUAUCCAAUGUACUCUCGGGAUUAUGUUUAUGUUCGACGCUAUAGUGUGGAUCAGGAAAACAAUGUGAUGGUCUUGGUGUCACGUGCGGUGGAACACCCGAGUGUGCCAGAGUCUCCAGAGUUCGUCAGGGUCAGAUCCUAUGAAUCCCAAAUGGUUAUCCGUCCUCACAAGUCAUUUGAUGAGAAUGGCUUUGACUACUUGCUAACAUACAGUGACAAUCCACAGACAGUGUUCCCUCGGUACUGUGUCAGUUGGAUGGUUUCCAGUGGCAUGCCAGAUUUCCUGGAGAAGCUGCACACGGCCACUCUGAAAGCCAAGAACAUGGAGAUCAAAGUGAAGGACUACAUCUCAGCCAAGCCUCUGGAAAUGAGCAAUGAGGCCAAGGCUACUGCUCCUUCCUCCGAGCGGAAGAAUGAAGGAAGCUGUGGCCCAGCUCGGAUUGAGUAUGCUUGAGGGCCUUUGGGAUAAGGAAAGACAGGCACUUCUGGCCCUACCUUGCUCCCUCAGCUCUGCUGCAGGACAGAGACAAGUUAUACAUGUUAGAGGACAUCUGCUGUAAUCAUCAGUGGGGGAGAACUGGAGUUAGAUUUCACUUGGAGCCCUACUGCUCUUUACCAAGCAGAAAGCACCGGGACAGUGUGGAGUCAUGGUCUCAGGCCAGCUGUUGUGAAAUCCAGUAUCAUGCUGAAUUAAUCUGGAACAAACCUCUCACAUUAGGCCAGAAGGGGAUGACUUCCGUCUGCCUCCUCCGAGAAGCUUCCUUGCUGACAUUCCACAACCAUUGGUUGUGCGGCGUUCCGGAUACCCUUCAUUUCUGUAGGUCACUUAGAAAGCGGUUGGCCCUGGGUUCUCACUAAGGGGUCUCUUGGAGUGUCCUUGGUAACAGUCUGUGAUGGCGUGAACAAUUCUGGCUAAGCUAAGUGCCUUGUCCUCACCUUGCUUUAUCUUAGAGACAUGAAGUUUGUACCAAGGGAUCCUUCCCCCUGAAAAAUACCAUGACAUAGACUCAUCUGAUCAGAGCAGUUAACUGCCCAUCUUAACUGGCCUUACUUUGUUCAUGGGCUGUGCUCACUGGAUCAUGGCCUCUGCCGUAGCCUCAGCCCAUUUGCCAGGAGCACCGUAGAUGUAAACCCCUUUAGAUAGUAGCUUUCUACUUGAUGUCAUCAGUGUUUUGAUAGCAUCAGUGGAAGUGUGCAUAAAGCAUCUCAUUUUAAAAUAACUAGAUUUCUUUCUAACCCUUGUAGCAAAAUGGAGUUGGAGUUGAAUACAACUCCUCCAUACUCUUAUUUGUUUGGCCGCUAUUUUCUCACUGCAGAUUGACUGGGCCUUCCUGGAGGGCUAAAGGUAGUGCAUGGUGGUUGUGCCAUUUCCUUAGUUUUCAAAACUGCAAGCUGACAUGUGGGCCAGCAGGUGGAGUCUUGGCUCAUACCAAUGUGGUAGGGAUGAGGCUUAUGUGACCCUCUUGAUCCAUUCAACGUUUCUCUCCAGAGCUGAUACAGAAGUGAUAUGCACAGUUUGGAUAAGAUCACAACCAGAUGGUAGGGCCUGGCCAUGUUGGUGUCUUUAUGGUGAAUAGGGAUCAAGUUUUACAUCUUUCUCUCUUUUUCUGGAGUUCAUAUAGCUGAAUUGUUCUUUUCUCCUGCUUGCUACCCUGUUGUGCUGUAAAAGGAAGCUAAACCCAAGGUGAACUUAACCCUUUUAACCUUCUUGUUGCCUAUUUGGUUCUGUGCCAAGGAAACAACUAACUCCCCCAGUGUUUGUUUUUUCAGUUGUUGCCAGAGCAGAGAGUGAACUGAACAGUCGGUGUCUUUCAGUGAGCGUUUCUCCCUUCUCUCCAGGACCUGACAGAAGGAAACCUUUUAUCUGAAUAUAGCACCUGUAAUUGAAUGUGUGUGAGUGUGUGAGUGCAUGUGCACACGUGCGUGUGCUGGGGCGAGGGUACUAAACAGUUAUGGUUGCCCUUUGUUCUGACUUAACAGUGUUUGGACUCUGUACAGUUACUUGUAUCAUCAUAAUGAGUUUGCUCUUAACUGUGACAUUUUUAUCGAAUGGGUGAAUAAAGAUUGGUACAGAA